UGUCGAUUAACACAUGUUCAUUUAUCAAAACAACUAUCCAUCCAAUCCAAUGAUCAAAAACUCAAAUAUUUCAAAUUCUAUUUUUGCAAAAACAAAUAAUUACUUCUCCAUUUAAAAUUUUAGGAAGAUUGCUUGAAUUCACGCAAUGAACGGUGUAAUCUUGGCAGGCCUAGGACUGGCCGUUGUUGGUUUCGGGGCCCGAUACGCCCUACGUCAAUUGCCCAACGCUACGAAAACGUUCAACGAAGCCAUGAAAAAUUUACCCAAAUUCGAAGAGUCUGCUGCGAAUGCUAAAUAUUACAAGGGAGGAUUCGAUCAGAAAAUGAAUAGGCGAGAGGCUGCAUUGAUUUUAGGAGUCAGCCCAUCUGCAAACAAAACAAAAGUAAAGGACGCCUUCAAAAAAGUAAUGUCCGUUAACCAUCCAGACAGAGGCGGUUCACCCUAUUUGGCAUCUAAAAUCAAUGAGGCCAAAGAUUUCCUGGAAAAACACUCUCGGUAAAUCAGAAUUGUAUAAAUUAUAUUUAGCAAAUGUACAAAAAAUAUAAAUAAUAGAUGUGUGUAAAGUGUGUAUAUUGAACUGACUAGAGUGUAGAAUAUAAAAUAUUCAAUUUUGUUCCUGAGUUUAUUCUUUGCCGUGUUUUAUUCUUAAUUUUUGGAUAGUCCUGUUGGAGAGACUACCGGAAAGUGUAAAAAUAUCCUAGAAAACAAUAUAAGAUUAUCAUUAGGUAGAUAUACCGGGUGACAAUGAAACUACUACCCAUGGCAGCAUUUCUUAACGGCUCGAGAUAGAAAUAUGCAACUCGGUUUGUUGAUAGGGUUGAAAAUUGUGAACAAUUUUAAUAUAAAAACAAUUAUGUCUUUUCCGGUUAUGCCGGAAAUGGCAGUUUUUACGUAAAAUACAAACAAAUAGGAAUUACGAUAUAUUUUUGAGCCACUCUAUUCAAAAACUAUCAAUUUUUGACAUAGGGUAUGUUGGACAAAAGCUAUUUAGAAUUGUUCAGAGAAUCCAAAAAAUAUAUAUAUAUACAGGGUGUCCCAUUUAAAAUAACAAAGUCAAUGCCAUUUCCGGUGAAACCGGAAAAGAUAUUCAAUUAUUUUUAUAUUAAAAUUGUUCACAAUUUUCAACCCUAUGAACAAACCGAGUUGCAUAUUUCUAUCUCGAGCCGUUAAGAAAUGCCGCCGUGGGUAGUAGUUUCAUUGUCACCCGGUAAACUGCAAUUUCAAAAAAUCAUAUUAUAAGAUUUGAGCCAUCACACUGUUGCAUGAUCAUACAACUAUCUCUGAAAUGUGAAUGGAUCAUCUGAGAUUGAAAUUUGUUACUCAUUAAUGAUUUUUUUUGACUCCCAAAUGGCGUUUUACCUUCAAUGUUGAAUGUAAAAACCAGAGACUUAUCUUUCUUUAAAAAGAAAUAUCACUAGCAUUGAUAAUCAAGAAAAAAAUAAAUAAAUUAGUGGCUGAAAAUCUUUCUAGAUGUAUCAUCUACGUACUCGCAUAAAUUCGUGACAGUUGAUAACCCUAGGAUGAUUUUUCAUAUUUUUAAAAACAGUCAUAAGCUCGCUCAAGUCGCUGGUUUGCAAAAUAUCCUCUUUGUGCAAUUUGAUUAGGGCCAAAGCUACACGAAAUAAUAUUUUGGAACCUUCAAGGAAUAAACAGUCCCAUAUUCUGAGGACGGUUUCAGUCGGUAGGACAUCAGCAUAAAUGCAAAUAAACCAUUUUGUUGUGCCCAUCGCCCAAGGCAUACCAACAUUUAAUAUGUGCCUUGAAUAUAAGUAUUAUUUAUGGUGUUUUUUAAUUAUUAUUUUCUUACCUAUGGACUAUGGGUUCGCUUUUUUUGACUAGUUCAUUUAAUACUUCUAAAUCGGUCAAUAGCCCAGACAUGGUUCUGAUGUAAUAUUUUGGUAAUAUUUGUUCUACUAAUGUUUUUAGUAACCAAAAUGUUGUCGAUUCGUCUUUGGUUGCUAGCAGAAUUAAACCUAAAAGAGAUGUCUAUGUAUUAAUUUUUUAGUUUUUUUUUUAUGUAGCAAUAUAUUGAGAUUGAGAAACAUUUUUUGGGACAAGUAAAUUCCUAAGGCACUCCGAAAUAUUUUU